AUGCCCUCCUGCCCAUCGCCUCUUGGCCUUAGCCAACGUGCCGCCACCGACAAGACCACACUUGCCUUUGGCAAACUUGACCUCAAGAAUCACCUUGAUAAAGACCAGGGUUAUCCUUCUGCCACCGAUCGCUUCCAAACUUUUUCCAAUGCCUACGGCCGCCGCGAUAUUAGUGAUGCCACCCUUCUUCAUUAUCGCCCUGCAUGGAAAGCUCACCAGUCUCGUCGAUGGGCUCGUCAAAAGGCUCGUGAACAGGCCCGACGAGCUGGGAAGCAGCGCCAGAAGUUUGAAUCCGCAAAACAACGUGCAGAACUCUACAAAAGCGUAGUGAUGAUGAUGACCGGCAUCCUCUGGGAGCAACGACUAGCAGUUCGACGAUUACGUAAAUAUUGGCGCACCCUAUCCUUGGAUAUCAUCCACCCAAGUCCUGAAGACAUCGCUGCCUGUGGAGGAGGCGACGACAAAGUCUCCAAGACCCGCGACAGGCUUUCCGCCUUAUUGAUGCAGCUCAAGUCAGAUAUCAAAUACACAAAUAGGAUCCGCAACUACACUAUCAGGGCUAUCAGAAGAAUCGAGAGACACAUUCAGUCGCACGCAUGA